AUGGGACCAGCUUUAUUGUCGCUCUCCGACUUUGCGCCUCAGAAACACACACGUUUUGCCUUGUACCGUGCACCCAGUAACGAUGCCGGUGAUGGUACAUCGUCCGAGGCCACUCUGGAUGACCGUCUUCUCCUCGAAGGAAGCACAGAUGUGAUGCAGUAUACGAGCACGAACUGGGGAUGGGGCGCGUCCGCACAAGCCGCCGCAGACUUGCGCCGUGAAACGCGUGGAUACACGGGUGACUACCUUAUCGGUGCCUACGACAAAGAAAAGAAGCAGGUCACAUUUCGUGUCGCGCCACUCUUUACGCUGAAUCGGUCCGUCAAGUCGCUUGCGCACCUUAGCGCGUCGGCGACAGAGCAUGGUGCGCAGGACAACAUGGACUAUACACGUGCACGCCGAGAUCUGGGCGAGGCGUUCGGUAACAAGAAGCAGAAGCAGGCCGCACGCAACCUCGACCGCAUGAAGGUCAAUACAGAGAAUAUGGAUGGCAUCCUCGAACACGUCGCAUCGGGCAUCGAUGUGUCAGCCUCCUCGCUGCCAACGGACUUGGAACUGAAUGCGACACUCAACACCAGUCGUGCCCUCCCACAGGCUCAUCUCGACGCUAGUGAGCCUGCUGAUGUGUACCCGCUGGCAUCCCUAGUGCCACCGACUGUCCUUAAUGCCCUGCAUACUCGCCACCUGCUGAAAUGCUCGUCGCAGUCUGACCUCGCCAAAGCUUUGCGCCUGACAUCAUCGCCCUGGCUUCUUCCACGCAUGUGGCAGAUCGUCCAAACAGCACAGAACGACGCGGGCAUGUCGCGCGCCAUGGAGCUUGUUCGCGUGGGAUACUACGUGGCCAUCCUUUUGGCGUUCCGUAAACAUGCCCGAGGUCUCAGCCGUGGCGACGAUGGCAUGUCCCAAGUGGCACACAAGAUGCGCUUGCCCGAACACGAAAAAGAUAUUGUGAUGGAGCAUCUCGUAUCGCAGUAUGCCGAGCAGGCACGCAGCUCGCAUCGGUACGCCAUGACGGCGAUCGGCGAUACGCGCCUUUUUGCCAGUAUCAUUGUGCUGGCUCUGCAUCUCGAAGAGUUCAGCCUCGCCUCCGACGUGUUGGCGCAGGAACUAUGCGUGACGACUCAGCGCGUGAACGAGAUCCUGCGAUCAUUGGGAUGCACGAGCUCGCAGAGCACAAAACACGGCGUAGACGGGGACGGCGCUGCAUCGCAGCAACAGCAACGCAAGUGGCACCUCCGCCUGCCCUUGUCGUUCCCGAAUCAGCGCAAACGUGGGCCAGCACGUCGCUAG